AUGGCGGACGCUCUUUCAAUUGAGCAGAAUAACAAGAUCCGAGUGGCUCUCGGUCUCAAGCCACUCCCUGUACCAGGCGCCGGUCCCCAAUUUAAAGAAUCCGACAGCGAGUCCGACGGAGAAGAAGAAGAACAGGCCAGCACCAUCGAGACGCGACAAGCCGCAGCAUACGACAAUUACAAGAAACACCAAGAUGAGGCCGACGCGAAACAAAGAAAAGAAGAAAAGAUCGCCGCCAUUAAGAAGGCGCGCGAUCUCGCCCAAAGAGACAAAAAGCUCGAAGGCGCAACACUAGGAGAAGAAAAUGGUGCUGAACUCGAUACCAUGGCUUGGCUCUCACAGUCCAAGAAACGUACAAAGAAAAUCGAGAAGGAGCGCGCCCGCCGACUCGCCGAGGAACUUGAAGAGCGCGAGCGUCUCGCAGCGGCUGAGUAUACUGCUGCGGAUCUGGCUGGUAUCAAAGUCGGACACUCUGCGGGCGACUUUGAUGGUGGUGAGGAUCACAUUCUUACGCUGAAGGAUGCUGCGGUCGAUGAUGAUGAGGAGCUCGAUGAGCUUCAAGACAUGGAUCUGGUCGAGAAGGAGAAGUUGAAGGAGAAAUUAGAAUUGAAGAAGAAAAAGCCGGUCUACGAUCCUAACGCGGAGAAUCAGGGCAUCCUUUCACAAUACGAUGACGAUAUCGAGGGCAAGAAGCGGAAGAGGUUUACACUGGAUGCUAAGGGCUCAACCGAAGAGCGCGAAGCAAAGCGACAGGAGGUCUCGAAUCAGCUGAGGAAGAACAUUAUCAAUCUCGAAUUUGAGCCAGAGGUACCGACUUCCGAUUACAUGGACAUCAGCGAAGUCAAAAUCAAAAAGCCUAAGAAGAAGAAGGCCAAGACUACAAAACAAAGGGCUGUCAUGGACGAUGACGAUCUCGCCCAGGCUCCUGAAGCGAACACUGCGCAAGGGAACUCCGCCAUGGACAUUGAUUCUAGCGCCGGCGCACCAGUUCCUCCACGCCGCAAGCCCACUGAAGAUAUCUCUUUCGCUGACGACGACGAUCUCCAAGCCUCUCUUGCGCUGCAACGACGUGCUGCCUUCAAGAAGCGCAAGAAGAUCAGCCCUGAGGACCUUGCCCGCCAACUUCGUGAAGAAGAGGCGCAGACCCCUAUGGAGAUAGAAAACGACGAGGAAGAGCCCGGUCUUGUCAUUGAUGAAACAUCAGAGUUUGUGUCCAACCUACAAAAGCCUACACUUGAAACCGAAGAGAAGCCCAUCGCUAAGCCAACACCUGCGGAAGAACCCACUCAACCGGAGCCCGAGGGCGAAGGCGUGGAAAUCGAUAUGGAUCGCUACGGAGAUAUUGAAGAUGAAGAGGAGCUAGCCGAACGCAUCAAGCGCGACGAAGCGGCCCAAAACAAGCAACCUGAACUCACCGUCACCGGCCUCGAAGAAGAGUCUACACUAGACGAGGGUCUGGGAGCCACCCUGAAGAUGUUGCGAUCACGCGGUUUAGUGAAAGACAACGAUAGUGGAACUGCCAACGCCCUCAUGCGCGACCGCCAACGUUUCCUGGCCGAAAAAUACAAUCGCGAAACCGAAGCCGAGCGCCGAGCCCGCUCCCAGCGCGAGCGAGAUCGUACCUCCGGCAAACUCGAGCACAUGUCCGCGCGCGAACGUGAAGAACACGCCCGCUGGGAGAACAGGCAGCGUGAACAGCAAGAAGCGCGCCAGAUCGCUGAUGUCUUCAAUCGCGAAUACAAGCCCGAUGUUCAGCUUCGCUACGUGGAUGAGUUCGGUCGCAACAUGAACCAGAAGGAGGCCUUCAAGCAGCUCAGUCAUCAAUUCCACGGUAAGGGUAGUGGAAAGAUGAAGACUGAGAAGCGUCUGAAGAAGAUCGAGGAAGAGAAGAAGCGCGAGGCUAUGAGUGCCCUGGAUAGUAGUCAGAAUGGUGGUAUGAAUAAUGCUGUCGGUACUGCUGCCAGGAAGAGUCGCCAGGCUGGUGUGCGUUUGGGUUGA